UAGUUGUAUUGUAUGUAUGAAAACAUGUGUAAAAAUUAUUAACAAACUGUUUGAUUAUAUCAAUUGAUUGAUUGAUUGUUAGGACCAUUAAAACUUAGGACAACAGUUAAAAGUAUUGUACGGCUAUAUAGUGUUAAAAAAGUCAACUUAAUUAUUAUUAGUGUCCACUUUAUAUGAUAAUAACGGCCACACAAUGACCGAUACUGUGGCCAGUGGUGGUGUUGGUGGCGGCGGCGGUGGUGGUGGCCAUCAUCAUCCCUAUCAUUACGCAAUGAAUAUCGGCAGUACCCGAUGUGAACCGAUGUUGGCCAAUAGUACGGCGGCGUCUAUGUGUUUGCAGCGACGGCGACCACAACGACAACUCGAUUGGACGUCGAUCGGCAGUCUGGACGGUCUGAUAGCUCAAGUGGAGAGGACACUCAACAACGACGAUAGUUUGGACGAAGAGCUCAAUACCAUCGCAACAGCCAAGACUACUAAACAGCAGUCGAAAACAGCUGUAAAGACACGAAUCUAUAGUCUGUCGAAAGUCAAGAAGAACGAAAAGAAAUGGCUUAAAGAUGUCAUUCUCGAUGGCGGCGGCCAUCAAACAGAUGAUGAAUCCGAUGUCGACUUAGAGUUGUUGUCGUCAUCGUCGUCGUCGUUGUCGUUGUCGUUGUCGGCGGCGAACAUGAAAUCCGAUGAUUGUAUUCGCGAAAUGCUUCGCUUUCAUAGACUGGAUAAGAAAGUUAGGGACGAUUGUCGCCAUCAAACAGCCGCUGCUGAUCCACAACAGCUUAUACAAUAUCAACAACACUACAACAGUACAAGUCUAUUGAAUCCAAUUCAAGAUGAGUUUAUGGUGUCGUCGUCGUCGUCCAUGAAGACAACGACUACCACAACCGCCACCACUACUAAUAAAAAGCCCAAAAAGGAGAGCCACCGAAACGGUAGAUCAAAGUCAACAAAAACAACAACGACAUCAAUGUCGAUAAAACCAACAAUAAUAACUAUACCACCGAUAACAGUCAUCACGGGUACUGUUGCCGAUAUGAUACCAAUUAAAUCAUUGUAUUCAGAGGCAGCCGCCGCCGCGGCCGCCAUCACCACAACAAACUCCAGUAGUAGUAGUAGUAGAAGUAGUUUAUCAUCGGCUCUACUGAUCGGUACUGAUCCGUCACCGCUGCUACUACUGGACGACACCACAAAUUCAAUUAAAAUUGCAACAAAACUGAAGAAGAUUUUAAACAACGACUUAAACGACAUACCAUACGAUACACAGCUGCCAAAAGAGAUCUUUCAAACGGAUAGUCCAUAUGUUGAACAACAACAACAACAACAACAACAACUAUCGACCGGAACUACUACUACCACUACUACUGGUAGUAGUAGUUAUGUAACCAAUCGUCUAUUGACCGAUAAUAUCUUCGACACUGUCGACGACAUGUAUAGUUCAACUGUACAACAAAAAACAUUAUUAUUAUCAUCACAGCCGCUGCCGCCGACGCCGACACCAUCACCACUGACACACCCACACCAACAACACCAGUUGAUAACAAAUUUUUUGAUACCAAAUCUACCGUCAGUUACUUCCACCACCAGUUCAUCAUCGAUAUUACUGAACAAUAAACAGUCGAUGACUACUACUACGCCGAUGACGAUGACAAUGACCUCAACGAGUUUGCCGCUGGUCAGCGACUAUCAGUCGUCAAUGAAUGCCCGCCGUAGACGCCUGUGGACAGAAAUGGCCCGCAAAGAUAUACCCAGAGCUUACAAACGGCGACAAAUUCAGCGAAAACAGUCGCUAAACAAUUGCCAGAAGAUUGCCAAUUGGUGUCACAACGAUCACCACAACAGCAACAACAAUAGAAAGCGAUCGCUUGUCCACCGAAAACGGUUGUCCAUUGGUGUGGUCAGCGGCGGCAGCAGCGGUGGCGGUUGUAGUGUCCAAUACGCCAGAGCUCGACGGCUAACCAAAGAAAUGUUAGACUAUUGGAACCGUUUCGACAAUAAAUCCAUAAACAACAAGAAUUGCCGAUUUAUAUCCAUUAGUAUAUAAAUAAAUAAAUAAAUAAUUA